GUUGGGGGACCUUCUCCUAGCUCCGGAGAACCCGGAUGCGGUGAUCCGGUCGGAGGACUGGCAGGAGGCGAUCCGGAAAGGAUGCGAAAUGGUCCAGGUGGCUAGCGAGCGAAAGGUUCGAGAAAUGGAGCGACGCUUGGACCACCUGAAAACCGAAGCCGAAAGCCUGAGGCGGAAGGGAGAAGAGCUGCGAAGCCUUCACCUCAACUUGGAGGCAGACCUGAAGGAAAGCAAGAGCCAGAACAAGGCCCAAAUGGAAGCCAACAAAAAGUUGGCACAAGAGGUCUUUGCCAUGAGGUCAGACAUGAGCAAGUUGGGCCAGUUCCGUGCAAGCCUAGACCAGGCUGUUUCCUUCGUGGACAGCCGCAAAUGA